GGCUGUCAAGAGCAGGAAGAGAGUGUGUGACUUUUAUUUUUUACGUGAGGGCGGUCAGUUAAAACAGUGACUCUUAAGGAAGGCCUGAGAGAAAAGCUCCAAAAAGGAGUAUAUUUAUAGAUAGAAAAGUGCAGACAACACGCGUGAACAGAGAGGGAAAGAGAGUUGCGGAAUAGGGCUUGGAGAGAAAGUUCAAGCUCAUUUUUGUUGUACAGUAUUUCGUAAUGAACGUACCUCACUGAAGGCAGUGAAACCUGGAACUUGACAUCUUGACGUGUUCCAAACAUCAGAUAUAAUCUAUUUUCAAUGAUAUGUGGGGAGCAGGAUGUGUGACAGUGGUGUUGUGUGCACUGUCAAACCCCCAGUGGCACUACAGAUUGGAGAUGUAAAAACAGAUGUCGCUCGACCUGGAGUCUUUGCAAUUGAUAUCAGUUUUCUUCAAACCAUCUGCAUCAAUGAAAUUUUAUUUAAGAACUACUACACUGCCUAUGUAACAGUUCGUAUCCAGAAGCGGCAGGUUCAAGAAUCUGGUCAGAGCCAGCUAAAAUGGUAUACAUGUCUAAGAGAUCACUGCUUAAUGUCUGACCCACAUACUGAGGAGGGAUCCCAGGAUUACUUCUCCAUCUUUAGACAUCAGAUGUCAUGCAAACCAGAUGACGUGGUUGGAGUACGCCUCAUUCUGCGACAGCCUUCUCCUGUGUGGAUUAACUUCACUAUUGAGGACAUCAAAAUAUACCAGUUAGGGUCAGAGAACUCACAGCUUGGAGUACAUUCAGUCAUCUCACAUUUACCUACUAUGGAGAAAUCUGUACAAUCAGAGGAGGGCCUUCCUGAUUCAGAAAAAGUUUCAUCUCAUGUGCAACAGAUGUGGGCUCUGACAGCAAUGAUGCAAGCUAAUCAGACAACAGCACGCAUUGGACGCUUUGAUAUUGAUGGCUGCUAUGAUGUAAAUUUACUUUCCUAUACCUGAUGACCUCAGUGUUGCAGGAACAUGUUUUCAAAAGAAUUGUCAUAGGACUGUUCAUUGCAUAAGCAUGAAGCAUCCCCAAGAAUGAACUUGAAUAGUUCUGAACUGAUAUAAAGACUCACAGCACUGAAGCAUUAAAGACACGCUUCUUUUGGAAGACUUGCGCAUAGGUCAUAAUUUGCUGUACAGUUUACUUUUGGGAGGGUGAAAUAUGUAUUCUGACAGUAUUUGCUGAGUUGCCUGUGCAUACUGGUUUAGAACAGUCUAUAGUUACUGAUGGCGGGAUCCACAAAAACUGCUUUUAACUUGCUGCAUGGGAUCAUAUUGAUGUACUUCAUCAUUGGGACCUCUAAAAUGGCAUGGAGUGUCCUCAUGGGAUACAUUGUUCAUAGCAGUGAGCAUUUUAUGCAGUUAGUCUUCAGGGUGUGUGUGAGUGUGGCUGCAUAUGUGUUUAGGGUCGGAUAGGUAUGACUGUAAUCUCUAAGAGGUAUUUGUGUUUGCACACACAAAUGAGAAUGAAGUCUCUUUAUGAAGUAGCUGUGCAUAUAUUCUAAGAAAUAUCUAUGCAUUCUGCCUUUGCAGACUACUGAAAAUGAAAGAGGGGGAUUGGGUAGUGGAUAGUGAGUAUUUAUAUGUAAAUGUACAUGCAUAUGUGCCAGACUGAUUUCUGACAGUAGCUUUCCAUGUCACCAAAAGUGCAUGGAGUAGUGACGGUAGCAUGUUUACUUUCUGAGUCUGACAUUGAGAGGGAAUGUUCUGCAAUACCUUAGGCUCCAAGGCAACUGCAUGCCUGGAAUUGUUAUGAUUCGAGAUGCCAUGAGAUAAUUGAGAGUUACAUCCUGCACGACAAUGUGCUAGUGCUCACACACACACACACACACACACACACACACACACACACACACACACACACAAAACCACACCCUACCAACUGGGUAUGUGUAUGUUGCAUUGCAUUCUGGCAGCAUUUCUGCUGGAUGUGACUUAAUUAAGCAUGAAUUGCCCCUGGAACCUAUGUGUGCUAGUGUGAGUAGACUGUGAUGAGUUAUUUGUGCAAAACUUGAAUAGGCCAAUUAUUACAGUUUUGACUAACCUGUUUCCUCUUAGGAAUUAGUUAUUUGUGUUUUGCUGUGGUACUGCUGUCUUACUGUAUUUGUACAAUACAACUUCAAUAAAGUUAUUUAAAUUUGAA